CUGAGCAUCAUCUCCCCAUGCUCUCCUCAGUUAAUAUCCAUUCGCUUUGUCAUAGCCGUCUCUUUAAGAGCCCUCGCCCGCCCCCUCGGCUGUAUUUUUAGCUGAGCAAUGCUCUACAGAUGUUGAACAGGACGAGCAGUGGUGCGUGUGCCAUAAAUGAUCAGGCUUAAAUCCGCACUUCUGUUAAAUGAUGCAGCCGCGCGCUUGAUCUCUUGAUUUUGGAGACUUGAUUUCGUCUGCGGGAAACCGGCGGCUGGAUGCUACAACGACAAAAGAAACCCGCUGGAGCAUAUGAGGAGAUGAUGAGCCACCAUGGAUUCUGAGAAGGCUUCGAGGAGCGAAAAUGGACGGAAAUAAAUUGCUCUGAGCGACAAAGCAUCGAGCAGGCCCCAAAGCGUCCGGUGCACCUUUCUUACGUUUUGGAUCUAAAACGUCCCCCCUUUUUUUCUUUUCCCAGACCCUUCAAAAAGCCUUCAAGACGGACGGAGUGGUGGAGCACCGAGGCAAAAACCGGGCCAACAUGCGGGAGAGGGACUUCAUGCCCAACACGGAGAGGGGCAAGCCGGCCACCUACACGGGGGACAAGAAAGCCAAGAUGGCCGCGAAGACCAACAAAAAGUGGGUACGGCUGGCCACCGUGUUCGCCUACGUGCUCUCCGUGUCCCUGGCCGCGAUCAUCCUGGCUAUUUACUACAGCCUAAUAUGGAAGCCGACGAGCACUGGGACUGGACCCGGAGUGCCUGACGGGUCCACGGAAAACAAGAACGUCUCGACCAGCGACAACAGCACGAGCGCAAAUGGUACGCAAUUAGACUUGGGGUUUAACGCGACCGGCGCCGGAAACGACAGCGCGGCCACAGAGACUGCGAUAACAGCGCACUCAUACUCAACCGCCAUUGAAUACACGCCUGCCAGUGAUCAGAUGAAACAAAACGCGUUUGGACAGUACAGAUAUGAUCAAAACUCGGGCAGCGUUACCGGUCCGACUGACGCAAAAAGGAAAAAGCGCGAGGCGGUACCGGAGAAAUCCGCGUCCGCGCGCUCUCGAAAUGAGCCCAAUGAUCCUGAAAAGACAAGAGAAGAAGGACUGGUUUAAGCUCACACGUACACGUACAAACCGCAUGCUUCCGCAUAAAUGGUGUGCAAAAGCGUUACAAUUUCGGCAUACUAUUCAGUGCGGUAAUGUGCAGUUUAGGACGUAGCCUAAACCCAGUUUGGUGCAUAGCGGUGCGCGCGCGCGGCCGAAGCUCACAAGGAUUCACGGAAAGAUGGGAAGUAUUCUACGCUUGGUGCAUGGACGCCAGCUUGAUUAUACUAAUGCACAGCAAAGACUUGGUUAUAUUCUUAAAACUUUUUUUUUUUCUCCAUGUAACAUAAACUGUCCAAAGUGUAAUCUUUCAUUUGACGGCACAUGGCACCUGUCUAAUUCAAGACCCAUUGGCAUAACCACCCAGUUUCCCAAGUCACCUUUAUGUGCUUGCAUAGUUUCUAAACGGUAUAGCCUGCCAGACGUAUUUAUUUAUAACUGCAGCACGAAACUAAUUAACACAGCAUCUCAGUUUCUUUAGAACACUGAUUUUUUUUUUUGUUUGUUUGUUUUUUUGGACCAGCUAUUAAAAAUUGUAAGAGGAAAAUAUUUUACAUUGCAUUUCAUUGGAACAAUGUCCAUAUAGCCUCCCAAUUAACCAGGAUUCAGAGGAACCUGUGUCGAGUUCCGCUCAGGUAUGUGCAAAUAUUAAUGUAAAUGUAUUGUGUAUUUGGUACAUAUAUAUACAGUACAUAUAUAUAAAUGUAUAUAGGUCACAUGUAGGCUAUUUGGAAAAUGUACAUAAUGCACAUGCUCAGGCCUUGAUCGAGCUUUCAGCAUAUGCUAAUUUUUACAAAAAUCAUGUAUGUGUAUAUAUAUAUAUAUAUAUAUAUAUAUAUAUAUAUAUAUAUAUAUAUAUAUACACACACACACACACCACCCCAAAGGCAAAUAAAGGCCCUUGUAAAAGCAUGCAUGGCUUCCAUAUUUUUGUCGAAAUGACUAGCUAUUGAUGGUGCAUAAUAAUGAUAAGCAUCUUAUUCAUAUUCCUCCAUUCAGAAGCUCUUUGGACAUUUAAGGGUUUUUUUUUCCUAAAAAGGUUUUACUUCAAGCCCUUCAUUUAAAACAACAAUCUGUUACAGGCUUCAUGGAACCUACUUUCAAAACACAACAAAACUGAAGAACCCUUGGCUGUAAAUUUAUCCUGGAGUUUAUUAUAAUCUCUAAAGUGUUUAUAUUCUGUCCUCUGGUUGGGUGUUUUGUGUAACCAAAAGUGUUUAACUUCAUCUUCAGCUAUGCUACAUGCUACCUUAUUAAAUAGUACACCAGAAUAGAACUCCACCAUCGAUUACUAUGUAGUUCCCAUAGAGUUUGACAUACUGUUCAGUAUGCUUGUAUGGAAUCUAACAGAAGCUCUGGAUUAUUGAAACAAUUGAUGGAGGGAAACAGGGCAGUAGGCAGAUGAGCAAAGGUGAAACCACUUCUGUUAUGUAACUCGCAAUGUUAUAAAAUCAACGUUGUUGGACGCCUACACUAAAGGUAACAAAGUUUGAACAUAAAUGAUUUCCCUUAAAUCCCAAAUCAAUACUACAAGAGAAAUACAGAAUAUUUGUUUUAAAGCAUUCACUGUAAAUAAUGGCAGGCGCAAUAGUAAGUGUUUGAUCAACAGAUAU